AAAACUGAAUCUUCGGAUCAAGAAUCUGAAGUUGUCAAGAAUGUUGCGUCAGGGAGCAAGGAUGAAGGAAGUGGCCUGGGGAUAAACCCCUUUGGUGCAUACCAAGUCGUGUCGUCUGCUGCCUCUUAUUUGCAUUCCCGGGCAAUGGGCAUUAUGCCCUUUGGUUCCAGGAAAGAUGUCAAGAAUGAUCCAGCUAUCAUGGCCAUUGUAAAUGGCGAGAAUGGUGAAGGGUUAACAAUGGACGAAGCCUUGUUUGUAGCCACGACAAAUUCGGUAACUUGCAUGGUUGCAGCGAAGGAAGAAACACGACAAGCUGUUGCAGAUGAUCUUAAUUCUUCGAGAUCGUGCCCUUGCAAAUGGUUCAUUUGUGAUUAUGAUCAAAGCAGCACAAGAUACUUUGUGGUUCAGGGCUCAGAGUCGAUCGCUUCUUGGCGGGCCAACCUCUUAUUUGAACCCGUCAAGUUUGAGGUUAUUUUGGUUGGCGAGAACUAAGAGGUUGAUGGAGCAGAUGUAAUAUCAUGUUGUUGAAAAAGUAGCUGUCGUGGCUGGAUGAGCAGAUGUAAUAUCAUGUUGAAGACGUAGCGUCGUUGGUCAUCCCCUCCUCUUCAUCCAAAAUGAUCAAAGGAUAGCCCCAUGUACCCUUUCACUCCCAAAUAGCUGUAACAUUAUCGUGUGUUAUGUUAUUUUGAAUCUAUUUCACCUGAUCUACUAUACUAUCUCAUAAAAUUUUUAGCUUCUGUCGCAACGUACCGACGGACACUAAUAAGUGGUAUAAUACAGAGGAAGUGAUUCUACGAUGUAUGCCUAUGCAUGGAUGGCUUGUUACAUGACAUUUCAAUGACCUAUUGUAGCUUGCUUGGUUAAAAAAUGAGUGAUCUUGUUCAUUACAACUCAAAGUUAUUAACGUAGAAAUACAUGUAUCAC